AUGGCCGGGUGGCUGCUGCUGGUCAGUCCGCAUUCCGUUGUCGCGUGUCGCUUCGUGCCACGCAACGCCUUCGCCUCACCGUGGACGAGUCCCGUGGGCCAGCCCUGGUGGUGGCUGGUGAUUGGCGACAGCUCCACAAACCAGUUACUGGCAAUCAAAAGAGUGGCACUGCAGAAGAGGGCGAGAGUGAAACUUGCGUCCUCCGCUCCUGCAGAGGCUGGGAGAAAGGAUUACAUGAUUUACUUGAUGUCAGACUCUUACUUGGGCUGCGAUCAGGAGUAUGAAUUCACCGUUGAUGCCAAGGAUGCUGGAGGGGAUUGA